AUGGAGACAAUGAGUACUUAUGAAAAACCGAGAUGAGCUUCUGAACAUGAUGCAACUUAUUCGGACUUUAUGGUGACUGGAGAGUGGAAGAGAAAAGCUCUGGUGGUGGCGGAGGAGGCGGGAGAGGCGUAAAAGCUGGUGGUGCUUUCUUCUUUCUGCUUUCCAAAAUAUCAAUAUCCCAUAAAACCCAGUCCUGUGUGGCUGUCCUAUGAGGAGCCUUCUCUAAUGGGUUCCCAUUCGGUUGAUGAGUCUAGCCUCCGUGGAAGCGUCUGUGUUACCUUCUUGCCGGUCAUGCCAAGGAACAUUGGGACGUUUGAAGCGGUUAGGUAUUUGCCAAAGCAGCUCUUUAGGCGGAUCACAUUUGCCUCUUCUACAAUUUCCACCGUCCAUCUAGCGUUCAUACACCGCCCGUCUCUGUCCUGGUUCACGGAAUCUUCGUCCUCCUCCGCUAGAAGGUACUUGUCAUGGUAG